CAAACUGAUUGAUUAUUGUCCUCUCUCCACGAGAGUGACAUGUGCAAUCAUGAAGAAGAGUGAUGGUUGUCACUCGAAACGUCUGGAGGUAAAUCAACGGAAUUGUAUUUCACAAAGAAAGUCCUUGAUGUUGUGCCAUUACAGGAAGUGCAUCAUGAGUAGGAAGCAACCAGGUGUGCUGAUGUUCCUCCUGGUCGCCCUUAAUAUGUGGGGAUCAGCAUCAGCUGACUGCAGCUCCUCUUGUUCAUCAGGUUUCUGCGACUGCAGCAAUCUGAACCUCUCCAGCGUUCAACAGGACCUGCCAACAAACAUCACGAGGUUGAAUUUGGCAUACAACCAAAUUACAACUUUAAGUCAGUCCGAUUUCUCACGUUAUAGGAGCUUAGAAACCUUAAGUCUUAAUGACAAUCGCAUAUCUACCAUCUAUAGCCAAGCAUUUUAUUUCUUGUCAAACUUGACGACAUUGCAGCUUUCUUAUAACCAGAUAGCAAGCCUCAGAUCUGACAUGUUCACAGGGCUGGGAAACCUGGAGACCCUUCGGUUAGACAAUAACGAGAUCAGUGACAUUCAGACUGGAACUUUCGAUUUAUCACCACGAUUGAGGGACUUGCGUCUGGAAAAUAAUAGGCUAACAAGCAUCAGAUCUGACAUAUUUACAGGGCUGGGAAGCUUGGAGUACCUUUUCGUAUACGAUAAUGAUAUCAGUGAUAUUCAGGCUGGAACUUUCGAUUUAACACCACAGUUGAGAAUCUUACACCUGAGUAAUAACAACUUAACCAUUCUCAGAGCUGACAUGUUCACGGGGCUGGACAACUUGUACACCCUUUUCUUAGCCAAUAAUGAGAUCGGUGACAUUCAGGCUGGAACUGGUAGUGCAACACCACAACUGAGAAUCUUGUGGCUGAAUGGUAACAGGCUAACAAACCUCAGGUCUGACAUGUUCACAGGGCUGGGGAACGUGCAGACCCUUUACCUGCAAGGAAACGAAAUUCGUGAUAUUCAGGCUGGAACUUUCAGUUCAACCCCACAACUGAGAAACUUGCUCCUGAGUAAUAACACCUUAACAAACCUCAGAUCCGACAUGUUCACAGGGCUGGGGAACUUGUGGGAUCUUCGGCUGGACAAUAAUGAGAUCAUUGAUCUACAAAUCGGGACUUUCAGCUCAACACCACAACUGACAGACUUGCAUCUUGGUCAUAACAAGCUCACUACCCUCAGAUCUGACAUGUUUACAGGGCUCGGGAUUUUGAGGGAUCUUUGGCUGGACAAUAAUGAGAUCAGUAAAAUACAGACUGGAACUUUAAGUUCAACUCCAGAACUGAGAGACUUGCAUCUGGAUCAUAACAAGUUAACAAACAUCAGAUCCGACAUGUUUACAGGGCUCGGUAUUUUGUCAGAUCUUUGGCUGGACAAUAAUGAGAUCAGUGACAUUGAGCCUGGCACUUUCAGCCCAAACUCACAAUUGAGAGACUUGCGUUUAGAUCAUAAUAAGUUAACAAACCUCGGACCCGACAUGCUUGCAGGGCUGGGGAACUUGGAGUACCUUUACCUGCAAGAUAAUGGCAUUCAUGACAGUCUGGCUUCAACUUUCAGUCCAACACCAAAACUGGGAGUCUUGCUCCUGUACAACAACAACAUCACAAUGUUUCCAUUCGACGAUUUGUCCAACCACACAAUUUAUCGUCUUUAUCUUCACAAUAACAAACUAACGACUCUUUCGUCUACGGCAUUUGACGUACUUUCAUCGAUUUCUUAUGUCAACAUAAACCACAACCCCUGGCAGUGUGACUGUAGGAUGGCGGACUUUAGGUUACAGAUGACAGGGUCGUAUUCAUUUGAAAACCAAAUCAACUGUUCACAACCCAGCAACUUCCGUGGGCAAAGCUUGAUAGAUAUCAGUCCUGAAGAUCUGAUAUGUGACGAUGUGCAGACAGUGCCCACGACAGUGACUUCCCCUCCUGCUAUAACCCCUACCUUGUCCCUAGCUCUACUCUUAGGCGCUGUAUUCGGCUCAAUUAUCUAG